CCGCCGCUGCUGCUCCGGCUGCUGCAGGAGGCGGCGCUGGCAGGCGGCGAGCGGAGCCAGCGAGCGAGCGUGUGUGUGUUUUAAAGAUGGCCGGAGCGGCGGCGGCGGUGGCCGCGGGAGCAGCAGCUGGGGCCGCCGCGGCCGCCGUGGCCGUGGCGGCGCCGGGCCGGGCCUCGGCGCCCCCGCCGCCCCCGCCCGUGUACUGCGUGUGCCGGCAGCCGUACGACGUGAACCGCUUCAUGAUCGAGUGCGAUCGCUGCAAGGACUGGUUCCACGGCAGCUGUGUCGGAGUAGAAGAGCAUCAUGCUGUCGACAUCGACCUGUAUCACUGUCCCAACUGUGCGCUUUUACACGGGUCCUCCUUGAUGAAAAAGAGGAGGAACUGGCACAGGCAUGACUACACCGAGGUCGAUGACGGCUCCAAACCCGUGCAGGCUGGGACGCGCACGUUCGUGAAGGAACUCCGUGCUCGGGUCUUCCCAAGUGCCGAGGAAGUCAUCGUGAAGAUGCACGGCAGCCAGCUCACUCACCGGUUCCUAGAGAAGCACGGGUUCGAGGUCCCGAUCAUGGUGCCCAAGUUAGAUGACCUCGGACUCAGGCUGCCCCCGCCUACCUUUUCUGUCCUGGAUGUGGAGCGCUAUGUGGGUGGUGACAAAGUGAUAGAUGUCAUUGAUGUGGCAAGGCAGGCAGACAGCAAAAUGACACUUCACAAUUAUGUUAAAUACUUCAUGAAUCCUAACAGACCAAAAGUGUUAAAUGUGAUCAGCCUUGAAUUUUCAGACACAAAGAUGUCUGAGUUGGUGGAAGUUCCUGAUAUAGCCAGAAAACUUUCCUGGGUAGAAAAUUAUUGGCCAGAUGACUCGGUCUUUCCCAAGCCAUUUGUUCAGAAAUAUUGCUUAAUGGGUGUUCAGGACAGCUACACAGAUUUCCACAUCGACUUCGGUGGCACUUCAGUUUGGUACCAUGUUCUCUGGGGUGAGAAGAUUUUUUAUUUGAUAAAACCAACAGAUGAAAAUUUGGCACUCUACGAAUCUUGGAGUUCCUCCGUGACCCAGAGUGAAGUGUUCUUUGGCGAGAAGGUGGAUAAAUGCUACAAAUGCGUGGUGAGACAGGGACACACCUUGUUUGUCCCUACAGGGUGGAUUCACGCGGUGCUCACGUCUCAGGACUGUAUGGCGUUCGGGGGCAACUUUCUGCACAACCUUAAUAUUGGCAUGCAGCUCAGGUGUUACGAGAUGGAGAAACGGCUAAAAACACCGGACCUUUUCAAAUUCCCUUUCUUCGAAGCCAUUUGUUGGUUCGUAGCCAAAAACCUGCUGGAAACCCUGAAAGAGCUGAGAGAAGACGGUUUCCAGCCGCAGACGUACCUGGUGCAGGGCGUGAAAGCGCUGCACACGGCUCUAAAGCUGUGGAUGAAGAAGGAACUUGUAUCUGAACAUGCCUUUGAAAUUCCAGACAACGUUCGACCUGGACAUCUUAUUAAGGAACUUUCUAAAGUGAUUCGAGCAAUAGAGGAGGAAAACGGCAAACCAAUUAAAUCUCAGGGAAUUCCUACUGUGUGUCCAGUUUCACGAUCCUCAAAUGAAGCAACUUCUCCCUACCAUUCCCGGCGGAAGAUGCGGAAACUUCGAGAUCACACUGUCCGGACUCCUUCCAACCUGGACAUCCUGGAGCUGCACACGAGGGAGGUGCUCCGGAGGCUGGAGAUGUGCCCGUGGGAAGAGGACCUCCUGAGUUCUAAACUGAACGGCAGAUUCAACAAGCAUCUCCAGCCUUCGUCCACAGUUCCUGAGUGGAGAGCCAAGGACAACGACCUCCGCUUACUGCUGACCAAUGGGAGAAUAAUUAAAGAUGAGAGACACCCCUUCGCAGAUCAAAGCCUCUAUACGGCGGACAGUGAGAAUGAAGAGGAGAAGAGAACGGAGCAGACAAGGGUGAAGACGGAAGAGAGUUCCGGAACCGAAGAGGUGGAAAACGAAGAAUCUCAAAAACCACACAACAGGCUUUUUACAAGUGUGAAGUCAGAACUCAGGAAUCGAUCGGAGUACUCGGACAUUUCUGACUCGGAGGACUCUGGGCCCGACUGCACUGCACUGAAAAAUAACUUUACCACUGAAGAGUCUGAAAGUUCAGGUGACGAAAAAAAACAAGAAGUAACAUCCAACCUAAAGGAGGAUUCCGGCGUGAUGCGGAGCUUGCUCCCGAAGAGCCAGAAGCCGUCCCGAGGGGAAGUCGCCGUUAAACGGGAGUGUCCGACGUCCACGAGCACGGAGGAGGAGGCGAUUCAGGGCAUGCUGUCCAUGGCGGGUCUGCACUACUCCACGUGUCUCCCGAGGCCGGAGCCCAGCCCCGACUGCGGUGGGCACAGGCACGCCGUGCCGGCGCCCCAGGACUGCCACCGCGCCAGCCUCCCGGUCCGGCAGGGGUGCCGCUACGGCAGCCCCGUGGAAUUCGGGUACCACGUCAGGACGGAAGAGCACGAUGCGAGGAGUCCUGCCUGGCCGAAACAGCCGGAUCCAGCGUCCAGACUGAACCUCCAGGAGCUGGGGAGAGGCCAGAAGUGCAUCCGGAAGGAAGGCGCCCCGGAGAGCUGUCCCAAGGCGCAGGGCAGGACUUCCGUGGACGGAAAGUUCCUGCAGAGCUCAAGCUUGGUCUCGGGGGCCUGCCAGAUGGGGAAUGGGGCAGUGAGCCCCGAAAGGCCGGCGGGUGACGCUUCCUUUUCCGUGCCCCUUCACCCAACCAAGAGACCUGCGUCGAACCCACCCCCCAUCAGCAACCAGGCGACAAAAGGGAAACGCCCCAAGAAAGGAAUGGCCACGGCCAAGCAGCGUCUCGGGAAGAUUCUCAAGUUGAACAGAAACGGUCACGCUCGUUUCUUCGUGUGAUGACGCUGCUGUUGGGGCCUCUCUUCCCUGCGGAGACCAUCCUUGGGGGGCAGGAGCCUGGCGCUCCGGCCGAGACCCCGCCAGGAGCAGUUUGUGCAUGUACAGUAGGGAACACUGCCUGAAGAACAAAAUGAACCCGAUGCUGCAUUUUCACUGUGCCACACCCACUCAGCAAUAACCAGUUUGGACCUGGUGGGAGAGGAAGAACGAGGGUAGAACCUUAAAAAGGGACCUUGAACUGGCAAGGGUCUCUCGUCAGGGCUUGAAUUUCAUUUUGUUGUUGGUAGUGUCUUGACUUAUUUUCAGCGGUAGGUUAAAGAAUUAUCAAUAAUUUAUUUAACAGAUUUUUUUUUAAAGUUAACAGCUUUUAAAUUCUUUUUUAAAGCUAUUUAUUUGGAAGAUUUCUGGAGAACUAUCUCACUAAUUUAGAUUAAAGAAUGUGAAGGUUUUUAAAUUAUUUUUGAUAGUGUGCGUGUCGCCCGUGGGAAGAGCCACGGUGACACGGACUAGUCUGGACUCUUACAUUUGCUAUUCAGGUUAAAGUCUUAAACAGGGAUUUGAUGCAUUAAUUAUUUUAAAUUAAGAUGUAUAUGAAAAUCAUUUUAUUUUCUAUAUUUCAUGUGCUUUUUAUAAGCUAUUCGCUUCGCUUUUGCUAACACCCAAGGUGCAUACUGUUAUCCAGGUCGAUUCCCUUACACCCGCCUUCCCUCUGCACUCCCCAUCUAUCUGUCACUGUCACAAGCCCGUCUCCACAGGGAGAUGCUUCCAUAGCCCGUGUGUAAGGCGACAGCCACGGUCCCCACGCGUGCUCUUUGUUUGACUUUGCAAUUUCCCUUCUAAAGCUUAACAGGCUUCUUGCAUUUUCAUUUUUUUGCUGAUGAAAUCUGGGUCCCAAAGAGAACAGCUUUAAUCUCUUUUUCCCACUUGUGGGAGAAGUCUGAGAAACUUGGUUAAGUUGUUGUGUGUGUAGUUUUUCCAGUACAUUUGUAACACUUGAGGGCCUUCUUCUUCGCACUGCUGGUGUUGGAGGCAGUCUCGCUCCUGCCACAGAGGUUAUAUUUUAUGAUACUUUGAUUCAGUGUACCUGAUUUCUUGGACAGUGUCAUUUGACAUCGUAUAUUCAGAUCUGCAUAAUAAGCCGUGAUGCAAUAGGAUUAUACUAUAUUAAGUUGUAUAGAAAAAGCAUGUUGGAGUAGAUUGUGUGUGUGCAUGUGUGCGUGCUUGUGUAGGUGUAUGCGUGUGCGUGUGUGCGUGUGUGUUUAGAUUUUUAUUUCUUGACCUUCUAAAGAAUUCAUUAAGCUGCGGAUUUGGAGUAAAUGGGUGCUUCUUCCAGUUUCUUCCAUAAUCCUAUCUUAGCCAGUGCAUAUUGAGGGUAAGUAUCUGGUUGAGCUUUAAGGAAUCAAUUCUCUGUGCACAUUUUUUAAACUAAUGCCAGUUUUUACUUGUUCAUACUAGUUUCCAUUUCGCCCCCACCUUCAAUGUUAUAAAAAGAAGUGAUUUUGGGGGGUAGGGUAGCGAUAUUCCCAGUUCUGACUCUAGAGCUUUUUACAAGUUCCUGCAAAGAAAGUAAAGGCAACUAGGAUAACACUUAUUUUUGUGAAGAAGAAAUAUGACUGUUUUAUGAAUUUUUCUGAACUCAGCAAUGUAGGGGAAUACUCCUUUCUGUGCUUAAUAUCACUUGAGGAUCUAAGAAAGUUUCAGGCCGCCAUGUUUUGUGAUUUGCAGUCAGAUGUUUAUUUUUCAAAGAGAAAUAUUUCGUACUCUGUCUCCAUUCCAGUAUAAUUUGUAAGUUGGCCCCUUAAGGUCCAGGUAAUUGGAUUACGCCUGGAUCUUAUCUGAGUGUCAAAGAAGAAUUAUUUUUAUAGAAGUAUCGCAUGUCUAUACAAUGGCCCUAUAAACUGUCUCCACCUUGCCCGAGUUAGUUUAGGAUUUGAUUGGUCAUUCUCUCUCAGAAUGUUUGACUGAUUUUCUCACCUGCCCCCAGCAAUACCUCACUCAGAGGAUUUUGUUCUGUAGACACCAUUUUAGGGUGACAAUGCACACAUUUUUGUUUUGAUUGAAGAAAUAAGAAUUAUAAUUUUUUUCACCUACAUCAUGAUUUAUGUUCCUUUUUUUUGAUUUUUUACAUUUUUCCCACUUCUCUAAUAAGUAUCUUAAUGAUCUGACUUCUCACUGUUAUGAAAACAAAAAUAAAACAGUUCAUUUUUAUGAAUUAAAAUUGUGGCCAGUUUCUACCCACUGUACUUAGGUCAGUAAAUUUUAGGUAGCUAGUAUGUGGGAUUUUAAGUUAUUGUCGACCCCCCUUUUGGCAAUUUUAAUCCAAGUUUUAAAAAACAAAACGACUUUUAGUAAGGUAAUGUAUCCACUAAAAUAGAACACAUCGAUCUAUCAUUCUCUGAAUUGGCAAAAAUUCAGCUACCGAUCCAGGGAAUCUCGGCUCCAGCCUCUUGUCAAGUUCCUGGCCGUGAGGCGUACCUUUGUCACAGACAGAUGAUGAACUUUCUCGUAACCGGAGUCAGUAUGUGGACUCCGCUGCCAGACAGCCGUCAUCUUUGCCACAGCCUCGUUCAUAAGCAGUCCCACCACCCCACGCCGCAGUGUAGAGAGGAAAACAGCCAGGGGGCCCCUCGCUGGUUCUACAGAAGCCUAAACAAAGGGGUCAAACAAUAAUGGUUUCAGAUGUGGAUUUUAUUGUGCUGAUGGGUCACACUUUUAACUCCGUGGAGUCAGGUGAAUGACUUCUGUUCUUUGAGCCCACUGUACUGUCAUUCGUGAUGUCAUAGAUGAGUGUGCUCUCCAGUAAGAAUGCACAGUGAUGACCAGGAAUCCAAAACUGGCUGUUUUAGAGAGCCGAAUCCUCAGUCUCAUGAGCCUCAUGAACAUCAGUUGGUUUCGGAAGCAUGCACAAUGAAAUCUAUCAACUGAAAUCAUAAAUGCAGAGAGAAAGCAGGCCCGUCUUAUCACUACUUAGCUCAAAUGCUGUUCUAUUUUUCUAGUAAUUCCAAUUACUACCUUUCAAAUGAGCCCUCUCAUAUUUGUUUAGAUACUCUCAGCAGAUAUUUAUCAGACAUGUAACUCAUACCCAACACUACUUAGUACUUGGGGGACUACAAAGUUCAAGAUGUGGUCUUGACCUUUGAACUGGAUCCCCCAGGAAAUGAGCAGUAUUAUUUUUAUUGCUAAGUCACCUUAAGCAAAAGAGGGUGUCUGUUCCCAUCUGGGCAGACACACAAGAACAGUUAAUUCAUUCCCACUGAGAUAUAUAAUCCAAGCAUAGAAGGGGAAAUACGAUAAAUUUUUUUUAAGUUUCAAAGUUUCAAAACCAUCUCAGAAGUCACUAAUUGAAUGUAGUAAUAGGGAUGUCUGCUGCAAAAAGCAGGGCACCUGGCUCUGAUCUGAAUUUGCCCAUUUAUGUAUCACCUACAUGACCUUGAGUAAGUCACUUACUCUCCUGGGUUUUAGUUUUCUCAUUUGUAACUCUGAUAAAAACAUAGUUUGGCAAAGCAGUCCUUAACUUACUAGCAUUGCCUAUUUGCAGAGACUCUACCAUCAUUUAAGUUGCAACUAAUAAUUAACAAAUGAAUGUUUAUAUAUGUUCUUCAAUGAAACUGUGGUCUCACACAAAAUCUGUUUCCUAUCAAAUAUAUGCCCAGAGCAUGCUUUCUCAAAAACAGAUCUCAAGAAUCUCUUCUAAGGUGCUGAAUUAAAAUCAGAACCAGGGCUUUGGAAAGGAAAGAAAAGGAAGUGAACUGAUUGAUGGGCAAAAGUGCGAAUGUUUAUUUUCAAGUAAGCGAUGUAUAUUAUACUCCAGCAAUCAUUAAGACCAUUUAGCAGUAAUCAAAAGCUAGCUUUGGGUUUUUCCCGGAAAGGAAUUGGGGUAUCACUGCUGUGGAGACCGCCGCCUCCUCAGGGCCAGGGCAUGAUCAGGGAGCUGGGACUGCAGUGACUUUGCAGACGGGAAAGAUGAGAAUGGACCAGGACUACUUUGGGGCGCUGGCGAGGGCGAAGCCACAACCUAGUGCAGUGUCCUGAGGUGAUGGGAGGGAGGCAGGACAUCUCCUAAAGAAAGGAUCGUGCCUUGGUGCAGAGCUCCAACACCGUCCCGAAAUCCCGGCCCAGUGACCCUUGCAGGGUUUCACCUGGAGGCGUCGCUCACGCCUCUCAACUGGCAUUAUUUCUCAAACAUAUUUAUCAUGAAAUAGCAAACUAAUUGUCACGUCUUCCAAGAGGUGAAAGAUCACCAGGCCCUUUGGGAGCCCCUAGGGCUUUUUUCGAAGCCACUUUGAAAAGUUGGAGCCCCGGUGAAAGGCUGAGGGAGAGCAGGUCACGUGUUGGUGAAGCACCUCGGUGGCACCGAGGCAGGCCACCCCUGGGAUGACCUUGACUCCCCGGGGGCUUCCUGACCCCGUCGCCUCACGGAGCCUCUCCCCGGCGGCCUUGGCAAACUCAUGAGCAGAAAGGCAGGUGGCAAGGAACAGGUGGCGAGGGGAUGGGCUCCCUCGUCGGCCGUCUGUGGAAAUGACCCCUCCAGCCUUAUCAGACCGCGGGGAGGCCCUGCAGGAAGCUGCCCGCAGACCCCCACAUGUGCAGGUCCCGGAGCAGCGGGGCCUUUCCCCACCCAUUCUAGGUGCUUCUGCGAUGCUUCCCUCCUGACCGGGUAGGGAGAUGGGCGGCCCUUCACGUCUUCCACCCAAGGCUCUCCCCUCUCCCCUCACCCCUUCUAGUGUCCCAAAGCUUUGUGAUAACCAGUGUUGGGAUUUUCUUUUUCUUCUUCUUCUUCUUUUUAAAUGAGAACAAACUUCAGUGAUUCUUCCAACAAGUGUAUCUGCCCCCUAUGACUUCACUCCUCGGCCCGGGGCCUCCCAGGAGCGAACCUAUGCAAGAUCGGCCUGCGCCCGCCCCGCCUCACUCUGCUCCAGAAAGCAGUGCCGGGCGGGACUUCAUCCCAGAGACAAACCCCAUCUUUUUUUUGGCUGUUUCCUUUUCAAAAGAUCAACCCCGUUUCCCCCUCAGGACUCGUCGCCAAAACCAUGAUCAUAAGUGCUGGUAUUUAAGAGUAUUUUGCAGGAAUAAAAUAACGCAGACACGCUUGCAGGUGGCCCCGGGCAGCUCCCGGUUGGCAUCAGUUACCUGCCCGAGGUUGGUUCCUCGCCUGGAAUCCUCUCUGCACUAAAGAAUUAGAAUUCCCCGGCGACUGACUGAGAACCUUCUCCUUGGUAGUCAGGAAGCUGAUGUGAAACUUGAGUGACACCCCUCCCCCCCAGGUUAUUUUGUCUUGCAGAAGAUACUUAAACCAAACUAAGGGCCUUACAUUUAUCGUUAGACUGAUGAAUCAAAAGCUAUAACCUCAACUCUUCCUCCGCACGGCCCGGGGCUGCCAGAGCAGCUCGAGGGCCGUGAGGGCUGAGCUCGCACUGACGCAGGCAGCGCGCCCGCACCGCUGCGGGUUGCGUUUCCUGCGGAAAAGACUUUUCUACUUUUACUAGAAAUUAAGCCAUAACAGUUUCAUGCUGUGGAAAGCGGGGGGAACAGGUCCAUUUGAAGAGAUGAUAUAAUAGGCGUUUUCCCAGGGACUGUGAAAACGUCUCACAUUGCCAGUGCUUCAAGCAGGUUUUUAUUGGGGGUCGGGUGGGGUGGGCAGUAGUAUGGGCGGGGUAGUGUGGCUUUAGGGGGUGGAAAUCUGUGACCUUUGAAAGAGGACAGUUGUUGGCAAUGGUAUUUACUAGUUUUGUAGUAACGUUCUGCUAGCCGCACUGACUUUCCUGAACUGAUUUUUUUUAUGCCCGUGGUUCUGGGGGUGGGUGGGGCUCUCCUCUCUUGCUGGGGUGCCUGCAGAAGAGUGUCCUGUCCAUCUGUGGGGACAGGUGGUGAGUGUGCAUGUGUGUGCCCUGGGCUGGCAGGGAAGUGGGGUGCUGAAGCUUUAAGAGCAUUUUUUUUUCCCAUUCCUAACAGUAUUUCCCAUCUUUUGCCUGCAGGCAGGGAAAGUGUAUAGUAUUUAUUUGGUUUCUCUUUCAGAUUUGUAAGUCUUUAGCUUCCAUUGGUUCUUAUGGGGCGUCACUCGUUUCAAGUUGUACUGGGUAUUCUUGCUUUUCCAAUUUCUGUAUUUCAAAAUAAUGAAAUUUAAAAUUGUAUUACUUCUGUUAUGAUUUUUUUGUUUGUUUGUUUAGCAUUUGGUGUAUUUUUGCUCCUUUUGUUUGGAAAUAUAAAUGUUGAAAGUUGUAUCAACUGUGUCUUCGAAAGAAAAAAAAAAUCUGAAUUCUAUAUCCA